UCUGUUGAUUGAAAAUCCUAAAAAAAAAAAAAUUGCGGAUAAGAUAAGAAUGAAUAUCAUUGAAUACAAAUAGAUAGAAUUGAAUUUAUUCCAAAAAAUUUAGUCAUUUUUUAUUCAAAAUUUCAAGAAUGAAAACGUGUUUUUUAAUUUUCACGACUUUAUUGGUCUUAACCGAAGCUGGCCGCGUGUCAGAAGAGUUUUUACAAAGAAAUCAUCUAUCAAUUGCUUUGCAGAAAUCGAAAAAUAAUGGACUUGCUAUUGAAGGUAGAAGUCUCAGUUCAAGUGGUAAAAAUGCGUUAGAAAACUUUGUUAGUAAAUUUCCAUGUGGAUGGCCAGAGGCUGGUAUACCACCAUUAGCACCUUACACCAAAGACGAAUUUGUUUUCGAACUGAAGAAAGCUUUUGCUGAAAUCUUUGCCAAAAUUGAAAAUUUUCGAAUUGACGGAUUAGAUGAGUUACUAAUUAACAAGCUCAAAAUCAACUACACUUUUAGUCAAAAAGUUAAAUUUGACGUACUUUUUCCAAAAAUUGUCAUAAGUGGAAAACUUUUAAGUGGUGCUCUCAUCGAUCUUAUGAAAGAUUACGGAUUAAGAAUCGAAUAUAUUAACCAAGGAGGAGAUUUUGAAAUGAUACUUGAAAAUAUUAGAUUUCAAGGUGAAUUCAAAUAUACAAUGCCAUUUAUUUUUGGAAGUAUUUCAAUCUAUAGAUUUGCUGGUUCAAUAACAUUGGGUAAUGUUAUAACACAAUUUAAUGGAAUAUUUGGUAAAGGCAAGCUGAAACAGUUAUUAGAAGAACAAAUUGAAGAUAUCAUUGUGAAAGCUGUUAACUUGAAUCAAAAUGGAAUUAGUGCAAAAUUUGAAGAUGAUUUGAUUCCAUUUUUGAAUGGAAAAUUGAAGGGUUAUAAAGUUUGGUCAGUGAUUGGAGCAGCAUUUGGCAAAAGUGAUGUUUGUAUUCCACCAGAUGAUCGAGCUGAAAAUGAAGUUUAACGUUUAAGUUACGGUUUUGUAUUGAAUUCUGCGAAUUUUAAAACUAAAUAAUUGAAUGAUUGAAUUAACAAGAGACAUUGUUAAAUUAACAUUUUUUAUAUUUUUUUUUUUCUACAAAUAAAGAUGAAUAACGAAUAAAAAUUAUUGAAAUAAACCUUUUAGAAUCACCAAUUAGCUUUUUUCUUCAAUGCUUUGAGGAGUCGUACAAAAAGUCUUCCCAUGAGGAGGGGUUAAGUGACUUCGAGCUUUGAGUAAUCGUCGUUUAAAGUUUUUGCUUUAUGGCAUUUUGUAUGAAAAUGAGAGAGAUUUAGAAAAAUGAUCUAAGUCAAACUUCUAAACUAAAUACAAUAAGUGAAUGGCAGUAGUACCAACAUUUAAGUUGUCUAAUGACCUUUUUAGUCGCUGGAAAAAAUAAAUUAAUUCAAAAAUGUCACUUUUAAAUAAGGAAAAUCCGCGAUAAGUCCGAUAAAAUCAAUGGUAUAAAAGGUACCCUUAAAAAAUUUAGCAAAAUCUUGUCCUUUCCACGGAAAUUACGAAUAAAAUAAGGACGAAUUCGACAAAUCAACGGAUUUGGCAAAUUGACAAAAUCAUCCAGCAAAAAACUUAGCACGUAAACAUGACCAUUCUAUGGGCGAGCCCGUCAAAUUAGCAGGCUUAUUUGACAAACCAACGGUCGAAUCAUGCAAAUCACUAAAAAAAACAGGUGAAUGCGGCAAAUUAACGGACGAAUCCCUUAAACAAAAGAUGAAUCUAGCGAACUUGGCCAAUAAGAUGUCAAAGAAUCAAAAGCUCCCUCGAAAUUGUAACCGAUAUGCUGUGGAUGGUUCAAUUCCUUCCAUGUAACUUCUCAGUCUUUCCGGGAACUGUCGUUCAACAAGCAACAUAAAUUCCAUUAAAUACAAAUUAAUAUUUCAAUCAAAGGAGCCUUGGGACCAAAAACAAAAACCAAUCAGCUUAAAAAUCUGGCACACUUUCGCCAUCCACUGUUUCGAUUUUUCGAUCAAUAUCACACAUGCACGAAGCAGUGAUUCUUUUCUCACUUGACUGGUGGGCUUUCGAACAAAAGAAGAUUAGAUUAAGUAUUCUAAUAUCAGUAAGGUAUGUUAAAGACCUUGUUGUUUUGAUUAAAAGAGAGCAGCUUAUCUGCUGCUUCAAAAAACCCAUAAGCCAAAACCGGAUAAGAUCCAUUCGAUCCGAUAUCCCAAUCAAUAUUUAAAGAAUUCAAUUUAAUUUAAAUUUGUUCAGUUUUUGUUCUAAAUUUCAAGGAUGAAAACGUUUGUUUUAAUUUUUGUGGCUUUGUUAGCUUUCGCAGCCGCAGAAGAGUUUAAGCCCAAAAAUAUUGGUAAGGAUGAAAUCGAUCGAAUUAAUAAAGAAUUUUGUUCAAAAACUUUUCUUCUAACAGCUAUUCAAGGUAGAAGUCUUAGUUCAAGUGGUAAAGAUUCGUUAGAAAACUUGUUGAGUAAAUUUCCAUGCGGAUGGCCAGAUGCUGGUAUUCCACCACUAGCUCCUUACACUAAAGAAGAAAUUGUAUUUGAAUUGAAGAAAGCUUUUGCUAAGUAGGUUUUUUUUUCGAUAGAAAAAGUCUUAAACAAGAAAAUUUACCAAAAUUUUACGUUUCUUUUCUAGAAUUUUUGCCAAAAUUGAACAUUUUCGAAUUGAUGGAUUGGAUAUUGUAUUG